AAGUGACAGGAAUACCCAUCAUGGCACUGACCAACCUGAUUGCCUUCUAUAAUUAAAUGACUGUGGGAUGAGGAAAGUGAAUGCUCUUUACUUUGACUUUAGCAAAGCUUUUGACACAAUCUUCCACAGUAUUCUUACACCACGAUGGGAUUCAGUCUAGACAAAUGGACUUCUAGAUGAAUGAAAAACUGGCUGGAUCACCAAGCUCAAAGAACAGUGGUUAAUGGUUUGUACUUCACCGGGGAGCCUAUUACAAGUGCAGUUCCUCAAGGGUCUACUCUGGGAUCUAUCUAUCUAUCUUCAUAACUUUGUCAAUGACCCAGAGGAUUACACAGAACGUAAUCUUCUGCAAACCUGUCAGUGACACCAACUUGAGCACUCAGUUGAUAGUUCAAAGGCAGACUUGCCACUUAGAAGGACCUGGCAUUAAGUUAGAGGAAUGGGCUUAUGGAAACCUCAUGAAAUUCAGAAGGAACAAAUGCUAAGUCCUCCACCUGGGAUGGACUAACACCUUGCAAUUUUAAAGGCUGGGAGCACUGACUGAUAAAGAGAACACGGCUGAAAAGGACCUCAGGGCCCCUGUGGACAGUGAGCUAAACAUGAUUCAGCAGUCUGCCCUGGCAGCAACGAAGGCUAACAGCAUACUGGGCUCUAUCAACAGCAGCACAGCCAGCAGACUGAGAGAACUGAUUAUCCCAUUACUCAGCAUGCACUAGACUGCAAAUGGAAUAUUCUAUCUGGUUUUGGGACCCGCAGUAUAGAGAAAAUGAUCGAGUUGAACAAAUCCAGCAGAAGAUCACCAUGAUAGUCAGAGGCUUGAAGCAGUUGCCCUAUGAAGACCAGUUAAGAAAAGCUUAUUCAGCAUGGAAAAGGCUUAGGAAGGCCUUUUAACAGCCUUACUGUAUCUCAGAGAAGGUUACCAAGAGAGAAGCUUUUUAUCAAAGUGUGUUGUGUGAGAAUGAGAGAUAAUGGCCACAAAUUGAAAUAUUUGAAAUUCUGAUGAAGGUAAAAAUAGUUUCCCCUUAAACAUAAUUGAACACCAGGUUGCCCAAAGAGCCUCUGAGAUCUUUGUCUUUGCAGAUUUCCACAACCCAACUGGAUAAAGCCCUAAGCAACAUGGUCUGAAUUCAUUGUUGUUCCUGCUUGGAGCAGGCAGUUGAACUACAGGACCUCUGAGAAUCUAAAGGAUUCUGCGGCACAGAAGAUGGUUGAAAGCCUCUGCUUUUAAAAAUGUUAAAUAGACAGUGGUCUCUUCUGAACACUGAGAAAUUUGAAAAGACCUUUGCAAUCUUUCAUUAUCUGUAUUUCAAAAAAUAACAAUGUAAGAUACUGCUUUGGAAAUGCAAAAUACGGAUGUGAUAUCAUCACCUGGUUAGUCUAAUGCUAUUUACAAUACAGCCUCAGAAGCUGAGUGGCUUAUUAACACCUGUGUUUCACCGUCACAGAAGGACUAGGAUAGAAAAUGACCUCUAUAAAAAAUCUGGCCAGGAUUGCAAUUAUUUUAUAUGCCAUAUGCUUUUUUACAAAGUCUGAUGGAAGACCAAUGAUGAAAAGAUCAGUGAGUGAGAUGCAACUAAUGCACAAUCUUGGAGAGCAUCGACACACCAUAGAGAGACAGGACUGGCUUCAGAUGAAACUGCAGGAUGUGCACAGUGCCCUUGAGGAUGCUAGGACCCAGAGACCUCGAAACAAGGAUGAGAUUGUGCUGGGUGAGAUAAGAAGUCGAAGGCUGCUUCCUGAGCAUUUGCGGGCAGCAAUGCAGAAGAAAUCCAUCGAUGUGGACAAAACUUACAUGGAUGUACUCUUUAAAACAAAGCCAUAAUGGAAAAAGUCAGAGUGUUAUGUCUGUCCAAGUAAGCACAUGUCUCUAUAUCAUUGAUCAAGUAGGGCAUUUCAUUAUUAUUUAUUCAGACUGCAAUAAGGAUUAAAGGCUCCAUUCAAGGUUGUAGCCCUGUUGAGCUAGACAUUUCACAACCAAAUAAUAAAAUGUGUUUUCAAUUUCUGGGCAUCUUUUAUAUGGCUAAUGUAUCUUAGAAUUAUCUGGCAUAAAAAAGAAAAAGAAAUCCAAAACAGCAGGGAAGUUGCAGACAUUUAAGACCAGUUCUACUGCUCUUACAUGGACGAUAUUUGUAUGUAAUCACUAGGUGUACUCCUUCUGUUAACUAACGCUGAAUAAAUGCAGUAGAACCUGUCUCCAGAAUAGGGCACUAUUUUGCCUAAGGCUAAAUUUUGCUUAACUUUGCACUAAUGAAAAUAUGUAAACUUAAAUCCACAUUUAUUUUUUGAAGAAGGCCUAAAAUCAGAUUAACAUUAAUUACAUGGCAAAAGCUGAAUGUUAAGUGUUUAGGAUUAAAGAAUGCAAACAUAAAGUAGGAAGGUGAAGUUUGAGAUUAAAUUACAUUACAUAGGAUAGGAUUAAAACAAAUUCUGUAUGAAAUAGGAUGAUGGAAUUUUGCAAAAUACUGAAAUGAAGGGAAGGUUUCAUUGCCUCGCCCUCUUCCAAAAGAUGAUAACCUAUAACUAAUAGCAGAAAGAGUGGGAGCAGAGAAAUUAGCAUGUGGUUAAGCAUAGCCCCUAACUAUAGAGCUGGCAAAUUAUUCUAUACCGGACAAUUACAAUUGAAACAAAAGUCUUGCGAUAUGUACUUUUUGUGCCUCGUUUUCUCUGUAAACUAUGUCUGAAUUUCUGUAUGUUGUGCUAGGCCUCCUGUGUAAGUAUUUUUUGUUUGUGAAACCAGUGGCUCUCAUAAAUAAAAUGCAUUUUCAUAUGCAAUUUUUUUAGAAUUAGGAAUUCAGUUUGCCAAAUUCCCAAAAAUGAGAACCAGAAACCAACCUGGGAGAAGAACCAUUAGCUGGUAGGACUAUAACAGAAUCAGACAUAAAGAGCAUAAAUAGGGGUGGAAAAAAUUCAAUUAUGAUAAAAAUUUUUAAAAGUAGCAAAUAAAAAAGUAUUUUAAAUGGUAUAUGCAUGUUUUCUUAGGACCUUCAAUCACUUCUGACUAACAAGAAUGUUUUCUCAGUAGGGAUAAUGGUGGUUGCCUCCAAAUUUGCCAUUGCCAGAGCUCAAAUCUAGAUGAAUUGCUGCUCUAAGCCAAAGAGUUUGCAUGGAUGUUCUUGUACCACUUUGUAUUUAUUUGUUUGAUGUCUAGCACACCUUGGGAAACCUAGUAAAAACCCAUAAAUUAUUACAAAUAUAAAUGCAAUUUUCUGAAAGCUAGAAAGGUACUUGUAACUAGCAAAGUGUAUUUCAUAAUCUUGGCUAUACUUUUAGUAACGUAGAGGCCCUUAUGCUGCAAGCAGAUGGUACAUCUGUGCACAUCUGUGCCCCUCUCACACACAGACAAAGGUUCCAUGCUACUUGUCUAUUUGUAGAAUCAAGGCCUUGAAGUGCACUUUCUAUUUAUUCUUUCAUCAGACAUCUGUGCUAACUUAAAUAAAAUUGCAUUUUUGUACCUAUGUCUCACUUACGUAUUACCAAAUAAAGUGGACCAAAAGCUCUUGGACAUGAUUGUAAAGCAUAAUAACUGACUGAUGUGUAACUAUUCUGAUAUAAUUUAGCAUUUGGGGCAAGGUUAUUAAGCCAUCUUACUUUAUUACAGCAAUAUAAAUACAAACAUAAUUAUGAAAGCAAUUUUUACUUU